CCCCAGUCUCCGGAGCCGCCGAGCGCUGCCCAUCGCCUCUCCGCCCUCCGCCGUCCCUCCCGCGGCAGCUCCGCCGGCGCCGGCGGAGGCAGCAGCGGAGCGAGGGGCGGCCCCGGGGCCGCUGCCCCCUUCCCCGCCGCGGGGGCGUGCGGGCAUCGCCGGGGGUGCGCGGAGCGCGGAGCGGAGCCCGGCGCCGCCUCCAUGUUCCAGCUGCCCAUCCUCAAUUUCAGCCCGCAGCAGGUGGCCGGGGUAUGCGAGACCCUGGAGGAGAGCGGGGACAUCGAGCGCCUGGGUCGCUUCCUCUGGUCCCUGCCCGUGGCCCCCGCGGCCUGCGAGGCGCUCAACAAGAACGAGUCGGUGCUGAGAGCCCGGGCCAUCGUGGCCUUCCACACGGGGAACUACCGGGAGCUCUACCACAUCCUGGAGAACCACAAGUUCACCAAGGAGUCCCACGCCAAACUGCAAGCCCUCUGGCUGGAAGCGCACUACCAGGAGGCGGAGAAGCUGCGGGGUCGACCCCUGGGGCCGGUGGACAAGUACCGGGUGAGGAAGAAGUUCCCGCUGCCCCGCACCAUCUGGGACGGCGAGCAGAAGACACAUUGCUUCAAGGAGCGGACGAGGCAUUUGCUGCGGGAGUGGUACCUGCAGGACCCUUACCCCAACCCCAGCAAAAAGCGGGAACUGGCUCAGGCCACGGGACUUACUCCCACACAAGUGGGCAACUGGUUCAAAAACCGCAGGCAAAGGGACAGGGCAGCAGCCGCUAAGAACAGGCUACAGCAGCAGGUCCUAACGCAGGGCUCGGUGCGCUCGCUGCAAGCGGAGGAGGAGAGCGGCGGGGAGGCGGUGGGGGCCGCCUCCAGCCCCGCAGCCAGCCUCUCCAGCAAAGCGGCCACCUCCGCCAUCUCCAUCACAUCCAGCGACAGUGAAUGUGACAUCUGACACCACCGCCAUGGCAAUGCGGGGGCAGCGGCAGGCCCGGCUCACCGGUGCCUGCCCGCACGGCCGGAGCAGCGGGGCUGGCAGUGCCCGGCCGCGGGAGCCAAACCCGGGGUGCGGGGAGCUCCCCCGCCGCCCGCCCGCGCCUCCCUCCCAGUCCCGCAGCAGACUGCAUUAAAAAACGUCAUUGAAAUCCUUGUCGCCUUUACUUCGAAGGAUUUGCAGAAUUUAUGCCUAAAAAAAAAAAAAAAGUAACUAAAUAAAGCCCAGAAAACGAAAAAUAAUAAUCAACAAGAAAACCGAAUGCCAAGUUGGAAAAUGUCUGAGCGCCUGCCCUUAUCCCGUGGGGGUGUUUCAUGUCGAAAAGACGCUGUUCUUUUGGUUGGGUUUUGCUUUACUUUCAAGGGUUUUUUAUAUAUAUAUAUAUAUAAUGUUUAUUUACUUAUUUAAGGGAUUGCUAUGGUAGAUUUUUUCUAUUAUUAUUAUUAUUAAUUAUUAUUAUUUUUGGCUUGUUCUCUAUGUGCACAGGUGACUUGUAGAGCAUGUGCAGGACGAAACUGUAUGAAGCAGCCUAAAACCAUAAUAAAAUAUUUGGUGAACGA